UUCAGACUGCACACACCGUUGAGGAAUAAAUGUCCAAGCCACCAACCUUUUCUCUUAAAACCACACAACUUUUCUACUAUUAACACCUUGCCUGUCAGCAUAUGUUGUCGACAUCACUUAUUCCUGCGCGUGUGAUUUAUUCCAUCAGCUCUGAGAUGCUUCACCUCAGCAUCUGAUCGCGUCGCACAGCAAAUGGCAUGGUUUUCAGCUUAGUUUCUGUGUUGUCCUGAAUCGGAAUCGCAUCUAUAGUGUCUGAUAUGAACAUUACAUUCGGUUUCGUGGUCGUCAGCGGGGGCUUAACUGGUAUUAUUAGUUUCAGCUGUUUAGCGCUCGCCAUUGCAACUGAAUACUGGUACAUCAUUGAAGACAAGCGCGCGAACCACACUGACCCGGCGCGCAGUAACUCUGGACUUUGGGGAGUUACAGAUGAUGUCCAAAGUCAUACAGAAAAGACUGGAUAUUCAGAAUCAGAAAGGCAGAUGGAAAUCAUGCAUAACGUGAUUGCCAUCUUACUGCCUCUGAGUCUGGUGAUGCUGGUGUUUGGAGGUAUCUGCGGUCUCGUCAGUUCCCUAGCCAGGAGCCGGACACUCCUGAUCGGAUCUGCUUCAUAUUUCCUCCUGUGCAGUCUUCUCACUCUCUCUGGGGUGAGCUUGUACAUCAGGUACUCUCAGAAGGCUCUAGAAGAGACUGAAAGGCGGAUGGGUCGUGAGCAAAUGGCUCAAGUGUACACAUCAUACGGCUGGUCUAUGGGCACGGCCUGGAUCUCCUUUCUUCUGGAGGUGAUCACUGGCCUUCUUCUACUGCUGGCUGCCAGGCUGGUGCCUUUAACUCAGUAUGAAGAGUCCGUUGCUCCCAUAUAGAGCAGGUUCGUUGAACAACACACUCUCUGAAAAAAAGGUACAAAAGCUGUCACUGGGGCUGUACCUUUUCAAAAGGUACACUUUUGUACCCAA